CCUCACUGCUUCUCGACUUCAGUCUCGCUCACUCACACACACACACGCAGUCACGUACACACACACACACGCACACUCGCUGAGGGGGAUUCUCCGAGACGGGUGGAAGCUUCAAUGUGAUCGUCAUUUCUCCGUCACUUUCGGUGCAUUGAAGAUCUGUCUUUAUUUUUCGAUAUAUACCACCUCCCCCGCCUGUGCAACUUUGUGGACGUAAAGGAAGAGAACUUGUGAGACUGCCAUAAAAAUCAGCACCUUUCACUCCGAGACAUCUUUGGCUGACCAUUAAGGGAUUUGGGAUUUUGUUUUGUUUGCUUUAUGGUCCUCUAGACAACUGGAUUUUUAUUUUAUUUUUUUUCCAUUCACCUUUUGUUUCGCCUGACGGACAUCCUGUAGAAGCUGCUUUUAUGGAGUGUGAAAUUUUGGACGCACGUGCCAAGUUUGGAUGGAAAAAGUCAGACGACAGCAUGGCUGAUGGAACCGCCGCGACGUGCUGAAGGCUUCUUUCCAAAAAAGAUAACACAGUUUCGACGGAGAUGACCACCGCGUCCAUGGAGCCCGUCGGAGUCCUGGUGGAAAGGAGCACCAAUGCCACCGAGCCACCUCAGAGCUCUCACGAGGACCCGGCCGCCACUUUCACCAUUGGCACUAUUCUCUCCAUCAUGUUUCUUGUGGGAGUCUUGGGAAACAUCUACACCCUCGUGGUGAUGUGCCAUUCCAUGCGCAACGCGGCCUCAAUGUACAUUUAUAUCAUCAACCUGGCGUUGGCGGAUCUUCUUUAUCUGCUCACCAUCCCGUUCGUGGUGUGCACACACUUCCUCAAGCGGUGGUACUUUGGGGACGUCGGAUGUCGGAUUCUUAUUAGCAUGGACUUUCUGACCAUGCACGCCAGUAUCUUCACGCUGACCAUCAUGAGCACAGAGCGCUACUUUGCGGUGCUCAAGCCGUUGGAUACGGUGAAACGCUCCAAAAAGUAUCGAAAAGCCAUCGCGAUGCUCGUUUGGGCCGCUUCUCUGAUCCUCACGUUACCGAUGAUCGUGAGCAUUCAGCUCAUGAAGGUGGGCAACAAGGCUAUGUGUCUUCCCACCUUGUCAUCGCUGUCCUAUAAGAUUUACAUCACCUUCCUUUUUUGCACGAGCAUCGUAGCCCCGGGAUUGAUCAUUGGCUACCUCUACAUCCAGCUUGCUCGGACUUACUGGGUUUCACAGACGGUGACCUUCAAAACGACCAAUAAGCUUCCGAAUCUGAAGGUUCUCUACCUGAUUUUCACCAUUGUGCUCCUCUUUUGGGCAUGUUUCUUGCCUUUUUGGAUCUGGCAACUCCUGGGUCAGUACCAUCCGACACUGCCCCUGUCCUCCACAGCCAAGCGCAACAUCAAUUACCUGACGACAUGUCUGACGUACUCCAACAGCUGCAUCAACCCAUUCCUAUACACGCUGCUCACCAAGAACUACAAAGAGUAUUUGAGGAAGCACAACCGCUCCUGGUCGGCUGGAAGUUUUUUUGACAGGAGGGGCCGUGUGCAGCGUUCGCCACGCAGGUCGCCCUCCGCGAGCAGUCAGCAGUGUACCGAGAGUUUCAUGCUCACGCACUCAGCGUCCUUGCGUACCCACAACAGCAGCAUGUGAGAUGUGCCGAGUGAAGAAAAGGGACCAAAGAACCACGCGGAAAUGGCAUUCGAAUGAAGUGGGCAUCUCUACGAAACUGGCAAAAGAAGUGAAAACAUGACAAAUGUGUGUGCCACUUAAAGAGAUGUUGUAAAAUUCACACGUGUGCUCAUUUUUUUUUUCCAUUAAUGAACAUAGUAAUGACCUUUAUGAUGAAUAAGUCAAUCUGUGCUCUUUGUUAUGCAAUACUGUAUGUGAGUCUGCAUGAAUAUGUGCAAAAAAAAAAUGCAACGGAAGCAAGCCACGCUUGUGUGGAUUUUCUGGAUUAAAAAAAAAAAAGCAUGAUUACUUACUAUACAAGUGCAGUCGAAAGUGCUUUUGAGCCACAGUGAAAUUGAAAAAGUGAUACAAUUCAAAGAUAACUGUUAGAGAAUGCAUCUGUAAUGCAGUGUGUUCCCCCCAAAUUGGCAUCAUUUGAAAUUUGAAUAUCGAAGUAACUCUAAAAUAUUUAUUUCCCAAAACUUUAAAAAACAUUCUAAUGAAUGCAGAUUUCACAAUCAAUUUCGCAUGCAUUCACAAAUGUCACCAGGCACAUUUGCUUUUUGCGUUUCCCUUUGAAAUUCCUUCUCGGUGUCUAAACAUGGCAUUCCAGUUCUUAAUUUUAUUCCCUAAAAAAAAAUGCAACUGAAUGUUGUUUAAAAAAAAAAAAGAA